AUGCCGGUGAUGAGAGGGCUGCUGGCCCCGCAAAACACCUUCCUGGACACCAUCGCCACGCGCUUCGAUGGCACCCACAGCAACUUUGUUCUGGGGAACGCCCAGGUUCAGUCUCUCUACCCCAUCGUCUACUGCUCCGACGGCUUCUGUGAGCUCACGGGUUAUGCGCGAGCUGAGCUCAUGCAGAAGAGCUGCGCGUGUCACUUCCUGUACGGCCCGGAAACGAGCGACAGGCUAACGGCUCAGAUCCAGGGAGCUCUGGACGAGAGGAGGGAGUUCAAGACCGAGCUGGUCUUCUACAAAAAGGAAGGUACACAGUUUUGGUGUCUCCUGGACAUUGUCCCCAUAAAGAAUGAGAAAGGAGAGGUGGUUCUGUUCCUCGUGUCCCAUAAAGACAUCACGGACAAGAAGAAGGACCAGGACCCUGAGCAGGGACCUGAUACGGAUGAGGAGACCGGUCUGGAGGUCCAUCAGGUUACGCGACCUCCAGGAUUCAACGCCAACCGACGCCGCAGCAGAGCCGUGCUCUAUCACCUGUCGGGACACCUGCAGAAACAAGACAAAAGCAAGCUUAAGAUCAACAAUAACAUGUUUGGGGAGAAGCCUCCAAUCCCGGAGUACAAGGUAGCAGCCAUCCAGAAGUCUCGCUUCAUCCUCCUCCAUUACGGCACCUUCAAGGCCGGCUGGGAUUGGUUGAUUCUGCUGGCGACAUUCUAUGUGGCCGUCACAGUGCCGUACAAUGUGUGCUUCACCGUGGUGGGAGGACGGGAUGAAGGAAGCAGCAGCGCUCCCCGCAGCCCGCCCAGCGUCAGUGAUAUCCUUGUAGAGAUCCUGUUUAUUUUAGACAUUUUGUUGAACUUUCGAACCACCUUUGUGAGCACGUCAGGUCAGGUUGUGUACGACGCCCGCUCCAUCUGCGUUCACUACGUCACCACCUGGCUAUUUGUUGACCUCAUCGCUGCCCUGCCCUUCGAUCUGCUGUAUGCUUUCAACGUCAGCGUGUAUUUUGGAGUCCACCUCCUGAAGACUGUUCGGCUGCUGCGUUUGCUGCGUCUGCUGCAGAAGUUGGAGCGGUACUCUCAGUACAGCGCUGUGGUUCUCACUCUGCUGAUGUCCAUGUUCGCUCUGCUUGCUCACUGGAUGGCCUGUGUCUGGUACUUCAUCGGCCGCAGGGAGAUUGAGAGUCCUGGCUCCUGGGAUAUAGGUUGGCUCCAUGAGCUGGCCAAGCGUCUGGGCUCCCCGUACUUCCUCUCUCCCAUCACCACGCUGGUCUCCUCCACUGUCAGUAGCCUCCCAGCCAACAGCAGCCAGUGGAAUGUGUCAGGGUCAGAGGUCACAGCACAGAGCUCCUGGAACUCCAGCCAACAUUACGAGAACGUGUCAGGAGGGGAGGCCGUGUCGGGGACGGGCAGCGGGGGAGGAGGGUUCGGGGUUCUGGGUGGUGGACCUUCGAUGAGGAGCAGCUACGUCACGUCACUGUACUUCGCUCUGAGCAGUCUGACCAGCGUAGGGUUUGGAAACGUGUCGGCCAACACCGACUCAGAGAAGAUUUUCUCCAUCUGCACCAUGCUCAUCGGAGCAUUGAUGCACGCUGUGGUGUUUGGAAACGUGACAGCCAUCAUCCAGAGGAUGUACUCUCGCCGCUCACUCUAUCACACCCGCACCAAAGACCUGAAGGAUUUCAUUAGAGUCCACCGGCUGCCCAAAGCUCUGGAGCAACGCAUGCUGGAGUGUUUCCAGACCACCUGGUCAGUAAACAAUGGCAUUGACGUCAGUGAGCUCCUGAAGGACUUCCCUGAUGAGCUGAGGGCUGACAUCGCCAUGCACCUAAACAAGGAGCUGCUCCAGCUGCCUCUUUUCGAGUCAGCAAGCCGGGGCUGCCUGCGUUCGCUCUCCCUCAUCAUUAAAACCUCCUUCUGUGCUCCGGGGGAGUUCCUGAUCCGGCAGGGAGACGCCUUGCAGGCCAUCUACUUUGUCUGCUCAGGGUCCAUGGAGGUCCUUAAGGACAAUACUGUGCUGGCCAUACUGGGUAAAGGAGAUCUGAUUGGCUCGGACUACCUGACAAAGGAGCAGGUGAUAAAGACCAAUGCCAACGUAAAGGCACUGACCUACUGUGACCUGCAGUACAUCAGCCUGAAAGGUCUCCGUGAGGUCCUCAGACUAUACCCCGAGUACGCCCAGAAGUUCAUCAGUGAGAUUCAACACGACCUCACAUACAACCUGAGAGAGGGCCACGGAGCAGAUGGCGACUGGGAGAGUAACGGCGGCCUGGUGAAGAAGCUUCCCUCCAUCCGUGAGGACGAGGAAGGUGAUGAGGAUCAGAACUCUGUGUCCCGGGCACCUCGCUCCCCGCUGCGUCUCAGCAGGGGGCUCAGCUCACCCCUCCGCUCCCCUCUCCUCCCUCCCAGACCUUUCCGUGCUCCCUCUGAGCACUCCCGCCCCACCACCCUGCAGAUUCCCGUGGUCAGCUUCAGCUGUGCUCCACCUGAGCUCAGCCCCAGAUUCGUGGACGGCAUCGAAACUGAGAGCAACUCCACGUCAUCACAGAAGUUUGAGUUCAGCCCCAGCCUCUCUCCUGCAGCUCCGCCAUCUCCAUACCACGGGACCAGGGAUCACUCUGAGAUCAAACAGAGCGUGUCCAAACUGACUGAGGAGAUGAACAGUCUCUCCAAACAAGUGUCCACACUCAGCCAAGAGCUACAGGAAAUGACACGCCUCCUUAAGCCCCUCCUCCAAACGUCAUCACAGCAGCCGAUCCUGAUGAACAUGAUGCCAAAUUUAACCCCGCCUCCGAGCAGUGCCAGCCAGUUAUCUACGAGCACUUGCCUCAUGGUGCCGCCCCCUGUCACACCAUGUCCCCUGCAGAGACCAGACACUCAGUCUCUGCUGGACAGCGGCGACACGGAGGGGGCCGACUUGCCGGGAUGCCUUCUGCCCACUCCACAUUCACCACUAAGGCCUAACUCUUCUUCACCUCAACAGCCCACAUCAAGACCGCCAUCCCUUCCCUCCAAUUCUCCCAAGGACAGACUUCCUGAGGGAUCCCCAAUCCCCAACACCUCCUCCAGUAACGGGAUGUUUCCGCCCCCGCUGCAGGAUCAGCCUCCUCUUGUUUCAGGCACUCCUUCCCCAUCCCUCUCCUUCUCUAUGUCUCUUUCUUCUUCCUCAUCUCUGUCCCGACCUGGCAGCUGCACCAGCCGAGGCCUCCUCCCUCCGCCACCCUCCCAGGACACGCCACCUCCUCCCCAAUCCUCCCACUGCUCUGCCCCUCCUUCGCUCGCUUCCUCUCCUGGAGACUUUCGCCUGAAGCCCUCCCCGUCUGUCCCCCUCGUUUCCCCUCCAGCCGUGCCCUUCCAACCCUCCACCCUGUCUCUUCCCGUGUCUUUGGACUCUACAAGGAGGGGACGAGUAGAAAACCAGACUCCACCUUGGUGUAAGUCACAGCUGCGCCAAAGAGAGACAAGACCGGUCUCGAGCCUGCAGGAGCUGGAGAUGCAAGAGAGGGGACAACAGGCGGAAGAGGCGCAGUCCUCCACGGAGCACAUCAGUUUUAUCGAUGAAGAAGAGCCGGCGUUAUGAAUGGGUCAUACCGAGCAAACGUGAAAAAUGGAAAAGGAGAAACAGGAUGAAAGGAUGGAAAAACAGAGAUCAGAUCACGGAGAAUGGCAUGCAAGAAAUGAAACAAAGCAGAAACAAAUAGGAGAUGGAGAAUCCAGUGAACAGAAACACACCUGCGAGGCUGGGACGAGCUGCCAGCUGAUCAGUGUGAAGGAGGUUUCCUACACAGAGCUGCAGCAGUAUCAACUUCAGUAGCAUCAGUCGCUCCACGCAGAGCUGGGAAACUUAGAACCAGAGAACAUCUCUUAAACUGGUUCAGUUCUUCCUUGGAGACAAGCUUAGCUCCAAACAGUGAUGCUUUUAAAUCCAAUAUAGAUUUGUCUCCUCUUCUUCAGAGGGCAGGGAUGGACUCGUAUAGCUCACGCAGCGUUUACACGAAAAUGAUCCACUGAAACUGAGACAUUUGUCAUUUGUUUUAAAAGUUCCUAGUUCAGAUGACAGUUAGGCAUGCACAUAAAUCUGCUAAAAUAACUCAAUUGCUGUAGUGUGCACACCUGGCCAGAAGUUGGCUGGGUUACCUUAUGAUGCAACAACACGUAAAUGCACACUUAAUGCAGAAAUAAACAUGUUUACAGCCAAAUGAAAAAUAUAUUUUGACUGAAUAGUACAUAUCUACAGUAUAUGGACACGAAGGAUA